UGCUGACGAGGUGAUUUGAUUGCUCUUGGCUUCCUCAUUUCAGGAUGUGUGCUGAGUUUUUCUUGGUAAGCCACAACGUGGUUGUAUUAGUUCUGCCCGGGCUGCUGAGAGUUUCACAAGCUCCUCUAUCAAAGGCAUCGCAGAAAACUGACUUCAGCAAACAGACACACCAAUGGCUGAUUAUGAUGAUUGGCUCAAUUUUUUUAAAGACGCCAAUGACUCGGGAUACGAAGAUUCAGUUGUAUCUGAAGAGGUUCAUUUAUGCAAGAAAAGUGAUGUCAUCCAGUUCGGUGCAGCAUUUCUCCCAGCCUUUUACUACGCUAACUUCUUGCUGAGCAUGGUUGGAAAUGGACUGGUGCUGUGCAUCAUCUACAAAUAUGAGAAGCUCAGCACGGUUAACAACAUAUUCUUGCUCAACCUCGUCAUUUCGGACCUCAUCUUUGCCUCCAGCCUCCCUUUUUGGGCAGUCUACCACAAAUCUGAAUGGAUCUUUGGCAGAGGCCUUUGUAAAUUGGUGGGAAGUUGUUAUUCCAUCGGCUUCAACAGCUCCAUCCUCUUCCUCACUCUCAUGACCUUUGACCGCUACCUUGCGGUCGUCCAUGCCAUCACAGCAGCCCGGAGAAGGAGGAGGGUGUAUGCGUUUGUGUCGUCCACCGUCGUCUGGGUGCUCAGUAUAUUGGCUAGUAUAAAGGAUAUCGUUUUUCACGAUGUGAUGAACGGUGGAGAUGGUUUGCUGUGCGAAAUGACUGGUUACCACCAGAGUUUCCUCACAAAAUGGGAGCUGAUUGGUUAUUAUCAACAGUUUUUUCUUUUCUUCUUGGUGCCUCUGGUCAUCGUCCUGUACUGCUACAUCCGCAUAACCAUCAGGAUCAUGUUCACUCGCAUGGCGGAGAAGUGCAGGGCGGUCAAACUCAUCUUUGUCAUCGUCUUCACCUUCUUCAUCUGCUGGACGCCUUACAACAUGGUCAUCCUGUUGAAAGCCAUCAAGACGUCCUUUGGAGACCAGAACGAUUGCUCAAAUGCCCUCGACUAUGCGCUGUACAUAACACGAAACUUUGCCUACCUGUACUGCUGCAUCAGCCCUGUCUUCUACACUUUUCUGGGGAAGAAGUUUCAAACCCAUUUUCUGAAGCUUUUGUCCAAGCAUAUACCGUGUCUGAAGAUCAGUGCUGCCUUGCUGUCGACGACAAGCAAAACCACAUCAAUCAGGAGCCCAAACACUGACUACUGAGCAUUUACGCGACUGUGGUUUGUAUGUAUGAAAAGUGAUUUGUUAAGAAAUUUGUUGUCAGGAGGACACGGUUGCACCAACAUGAAAGAAAAAAACUAACUGAGCAUUAUUGAGCAUAUGUUCAAUAAUUUCUCAUUCAGUGCAUAAGUGUAUGUCUAAUGAGCUCCAUCAAUUUCAUAUAUAUAUAUAUAUAUAUAUAUAUAUAUAUAUAUAUAUAUAUAAAAUUGAAUGCAUAUUAAUUAAUAGUUUAUGCCUAAUGUGUUCUAUCAGUUUUGCCAAGUUGAGUAAGAGCAUUGAUGAUAAUUGAUGUAUUUUACUGUCCAUUUGAUGUAUAUAUGUAAAUAUUCAUUACAAAUAUCACUUUGAUGAUAUCAAAACCAGAAAAAAAAAAAGAGUUAAAAAAAAGAAAAUAAAAAAAAUCCCUCUGUUAAAGAUUGUCAUUGCAACAUACUGUGUAUUGUGUAAUCCUAGUCCUAAUCUAUGGGUUCCUUUUCAAAUUAGUCUUUAAAUCUCUCUUUACCUGUGUAAUAUUCUGUUUUGAGAAAAAAUAUAUUGUUGUAAAGACUUCUAUAAGUAUGUCAAAUUCUUGUUUUAUUUUUAGUGUUAUUCAUUUCUAGUGUAUUCUGAGAAAAAUUAUAUAUGCGACAGGAAGCUUUCUGAUAUCAUCUUUUCUCUCUGUUUGAUGCACUGUUCUUUGCACAGAAUGAAUCUCACACAUUUGAUCCUUUAAAUGUCUCUGAAAUUAGUAAACUUCCUGUCUUGUCAACACCUAAAUACAUCCUGUUCUUAGACUAUUAUGAGUCAUUAGAUCUUUAUUUUAAGCAUUAACUCUGCAUCGUGUUCUAUUGGUUCUGUAAAAUAUCUUUUUUUUUUAUGAAUAACAAUAAAUCAUUCACAAUA